GCCCGGCGCCUGCCUCGCGGGCCGAGGGCGGGACGUGGGGCGGCGGGGGCGCGGCGCGGCGGAGCUGAGGCGGCGGCAGGACUGCGCGGCGGCCCGGACGCUCGGCAUGGCUCGCCUGGUGCUCGGUCUGGUGAGCUGCACCUUCUUCCUCACGGCGAGCGGGCUGUAUUCCUCUGGUGAUGACGUAAUCGAGUUAACGCCGUCCAAUUUCAACCAAGAAGUCAUUCAGAGUAAUAGUUUGUGGCUUGUCGAAUUCUUUGCUCCAUGGUGUGGCCACUGCCAACGGUUAACACCAGAAUGGAAGAAAGUAGCAACUGCAUUAAAAGGGGUAGUGCGCGUGGGCGCGGUGGACGCCGAUAAGCAUCAGUCCCUCGGCGGUCAGUAUGGGGUGCAGGGAUUCCCCACCAUCAAGAUUUUUGGAUCCAACAAGAACAGACCAGAAGAUUAUCAGGGCGGCAGGACUGCGGACGCCAUCGUGGAUGCCGCUCUCGGUGCCCUGCGCCAGCUCGUCAAGGACCGCCUCGGGGGCAGGGGAUACAGCUCUGGAAGACAAGGUCGAAGUGAAAGUUCAAGUAAGAAAGACGUGAUCGAGCUGACGGACGACAGCUUUGACAAGAAUGUUCUAGACAGUGAAGACGUUUGGAUGGUUGAGUUUUACGCCCCCUGGUGUGGACACUGCAAAAACCUCGAGCCAGAAUGGGCCGCUGCAGCUACCGAGGUGAAAGAGCAAACGAAAGGGAAGGUGAAGCUCGCGGCUGUGGACGCCACGGCCAACCAGAUGCUGACCGGCCGGUACGGGAUUAGGGGAUUUCCUACAAUCAAGAUAUUCCAGAAAGGCGAGUCUCCUGUGGAUUAUGAUGGGGGACGGACAAGAUCCGACAUCGUCUCCCGGGCGCUGGACCUGUUUUCUGAUAACGCUCCGCCUCCUGAGCUGCUCGAGAUCAUCAGUGAGGACGUCGCCAAGAAGACGUGUGAGGAUCACCAGCUGUGUGUGGUGGCCGUCCUGCCCCACAUUCUUGACACGGGAGCCGCAGGCAGAAAUUCUUAUUUGGAAGUUCUUCUGAAAUUGGCAGACAAAUACAAGAAGAAGAUGUGGGGGUGGCUGUGGACGGAGGCUGGCGCGCAGUCUGAGCUGGAGAACGCGUUGGGGAUCGGAGGGUUUGGCUACCCCGCCAUGGCGGCCAUCAACGCGCGCAAGAUGAAGUUCGCUCUUCUGAAAGGGUCUUUCAGUGAGCAAGGCAUUAACGAGUUUCUCAGGGAGCUCUCUUUUGGGCGAGGAUCUACAGCACCUGUAGGAGGGGGGGCUUUCCCCGCCAUCAGCACCCGAGAGCCUUGGGACGGCAAGGAUGGCGAGCUUCCUGUGGAAGACGACAUUGAUCUCAGCGACGUGGAGCUGGACGACUUGGAGAAAGACGAGUUGUGAGGCUCAGCACAGCCUGCGGCUUCUUUUCUGGGAGCAGAUGUUGCCAGCAGUGGAGGGAUGUCCUCUGCCGUCAGGCCAUCGACCGGGCCUUGUCACCAGGAAGCAGCGCUUGAUAGGUCAUGGGACACUGCAACAGCAACUUCUGCAUCUCAAGAAAACAAUGGAAAAUUCUGUGAAUUGUCGCCAGUGGAUUGGGUGGUGUUCCGUCAAGUACCACUUUGAGGAAAACCGCUGGGCUGUUGAAACACUUUCCCUCCCUGACUGCUGCUGGGUGUUUUUGGAGGCUGUUUCUUAGUCGGUUUUUUAAUGUGAUUCUUUCAUUUGAAUAUUAAUGGCUUUUCCAUGAAAGAAUAAAAUAAUAUUUUGGACAAUGCCAACAAAUGUAUGAAAUCAGUGUCCAGUCACACUUUCAGAGUCUGAUGUUAGCCACUGAGUGGAAAUGGUGGUGCCGGUCUGGCCCUGAUGUCUUUCCUUUUAAGAACGUGCGGGGAUGGCGCCACCUGGACGCCCGCACCGCACACACUUCCCGGGGCCGCAGCCAGGCUCCCGGGCCUGGGAAGUGGAGAGCGGCUCACGUGGAGGACGACAGGCAGGCCCCACGGCGCCCGGGCCAGCAGCAGCGACGGCGGGGGACGCAGCUGGUUGUACAGUUAGCGCGCGGUUUUCAGUGUUGCUACCAAGUCCUCACAGCGUCCCUUAAGCCAGGACACGAGCAGCAGGUGGCCCUUCUAAGCAGUCCCCAUCUAUGUAAGACGUUCGGAAAAGGGAGGUGUGGGUCAUGUCAGGGUGUAAGGGAAGAGCCCACUGGAAGGACCGAGCACUUCUUUAUUGUAACUUACAAAAAAUAAAUACAACUGUGAGCAA